AUGUUUAGUAAAGCAAUCACAACUACAACUCAAAGAACAGUUGUUUCAUCAUUACUCAAACAAUCAAAAUGUUUAUUUACUACUUCUUCAAAAAAGAAUAACUUUGAUGGACUUUAUGAAAAACAUAAAAAGAUUGCAGAUGUACCAAUGAAGACAGAGGAAGUGAUGAAAGCAAUUAGUGAAAACACUUUGUUUACUUGGAACCCAUCGGCUACAGCAGCUGCCAGUUCAAUUGUGAUGGAACGUGGAGAAGGUGUUUAUUUUUUCGACAAGCAAGGUAAAAAGUACAUUGAUUUCAAUUCACAGGCAAUGUGUUCCAAUCUUGGACAUACUGUACCACAAGAAGUGAUUGAUGCAGUCGACAAGCAACUAAAGACUGUUGCCUAUGCCUACCCAUGUGGUUUGGUGACCGAGGUCAAGGCCAAGUUGUCAUUGUUGAUGGCUGAUUUAAUGCCAGGCGACCUCAACCACUUUUACUAUGUUUCGGGUGGUGCCGAGGCCAACGAGACUGCCAUGAGAAUGGCCCGUCUCAAGACUGGUCGUCAUAAAAUCCUCGCUCGUUAUCGUUCCUACCACGGUGCCACACUCGGUGCUAUGGGCUUGACCGGUGACCCAAGACGUUGGGGUUCAGAGCCAGGUGCCUCUGGCAUCGUCCACUUUAUGGACCCAUUCCCAUACACCUUUUCAUGGGGUUCGACCGAAGAAGAGAUCUGCCAAAAAUCAUUGCAAUACUUGCGCGAGGUCAUCUCGUACGAGGGUGGCAAAAACAUUGCUGCCAUCUUUUUGGAGCCGGUCACUGGCACCAAUGGCAUCUUGAAGCCACCUGCUGGCUACUUGGAGGGUGUUCGUCAAAUUUGUGACCAACACGGUAUCCUCAUGGUCUGCGAUGAAGUGAUGAACGGGUUUGGUCGUACCGGCACCAUGUUUGGUUUCGAGCAAGCCAACAAUGUCAUUCCAGACAUUGUCACUAUGGCCAAGGGCAUCAACGGUGCCUUUAUCCCAUUGGGUGCCGUCGCUUGUCGUGACCAUGUUGCUGCUCACUUUCAAAAGUCACCCAUCGGCAUUGGCUCGACCUACAACUCUCACCCCGUCACCCUUGCCUCUGCCUAUGCCGCUCUCCAAUACUUCCUCCGUACCGAUGUCCUCGGAAACGUCCACCGCAUGGAACCAAUCCUCCAAAGCCUCAUGGAAGACCUCAAGAAGCGUCAUCCAACCGUCAAGACCUUCCGUAGUCUCGGUCUCUUUGGCACGGUCGAGCUCCAAAAGAACAGCCGUGGUGAGCCAUUUGUAGAAUUCAACGGCCCAGCUCACCCAGCCAUGGCUCAACUCAAGAAUGACAUGAUUUCAAAUGGUCUCUACACUCUUGUUCGUUUCUCUUCCUUCUUUACCAAUCCACCAUUGAUCAUCAAUGAAAAGGAACUUAGACAAGGUUUUGAAAUCCUUGACAAGUGUCUUACAAAUUUGGAUAAACAUUUUGAAAAAUAA